CGCAAGCGUACGGGCUUGGCGCUGUGGGGCUGGUGUCAGGUGUCGUCAAAGUGAGGGCUGAACGAUACAAUGUGGUCAUUCAGUCGGUGGGAUACGAGCAGAUGAUUUCCAGCGAAGAGGACUUGUGGCCGGCCAUUCAGAGCGCGCUUCACGGCCUACAUGCGUUGCACCAGGCAGGCUUGGUUCACAGGGACAUCAGAUGGAAAAACAUCCUCAAGCUUCCUGCUAGUAAUGGGAGCUGGAUGCUUAUCGAUCUUGAGACAGUGUGGAAGACAGACUGUACGCCCAGUUGCUGGCUUCGCGCCUGGGACGACAACACAUUGGUCGAUGGCGUCUACACGCGGUCCUCCGAUCUGUAUCUUGUUGGAAGGCUUAUGGAGAGCUUUCGUGACCUGUCACCCGAGGCCAAGGAGUUUCAGGCUAAGCUUUUACGGCACGAGUUCCUGAGUGCUCAGGAAGCGCUCCGCGUUGAUGGAAAUGGGAAGUACUCUUUUAGCUCUAGAAAUCUACCCCUUGUCCCACUUGUCCAUUUUGAUUCUCUAGAGGGUGAGAGCAUGCAGGAGCUGGAAGACUACGCCAUUCAAAAGGCUGAGGAGACCACGGCUGCCACUUACAAAGCUCUCAAUCUUGCUGAAGAGAUCACUUCCAUCAUGUUUCAUCAGAUCUCUCACACUCAUGAUACUGUUGUAGACAUUGAUCAUGAACUUAGCUAA